AUGGCCGUCACGGACGAUAGAAUCUAUCAUCCGACGGACGCCCUCAUUCUCCGCAAGCCCAAGCGACACUACCGCGUCGGUCUGCGCGUCGAACACUGGCAACUGCGCUCCCAAAUCGGCCUGUCCUCGCCGCGCUACAUCUACUACCCCGGGGGGAACGAGAACAACCAGAUCCAUCGACUCGACACUGCAUCCCACGAAAGCGAAACAAUCAAGAUCCUCACCUUCGCCCCCCGAUGCCUUGUGGCCAAGUAUGGUUGGAUAUGCGCCGGUGGUGAGAACGGCGAGUUCGUGGCCGUACAGGUGGACGAUGAAAGUGAAGGGGGCGAUCUAGGCCGCAACAACGUCGAGAGAGACCUAUUUUCGAGAUACCGUCGAUCUUCCGCCAACAACGGCCCCUCAGACCAAGACCACUGGCUCAAUGCUUUCCACGAUCAUGUCCGAGCCGGUUCACCCGACGAGCGACUGCGCCUAGGCAUCGAUCCGGCCUCCCACAACGACAGUGACGACUCUAUGCCACCCCUGAUCCCAACCAGCCCUAGGACGCAGCCGAGUUCCGACAAGAGUCUGCACGCUCGUUCCAAGACAUUUGGCAGGGAUCGCGUGAACUGCAUCACGCUUUGGACUCCGCAGGUUUCCAGGGUUGGGUUUUUCGAAGGAGCAUACUCUACGCCAGUGGCAGUUCUUGCAAAUAACGACAAGCACGUCACAGUGGUGGGAUUGCGGGAUCAGGACGCAGUGGACGAGCUGACCUAUCCAGACUGUGUCAAUCGCGCCCUAAUUUCACCAGACGGCCGCCUGCUUGCCGCUGUCUGCGACGACCCUUACUUGUAUGUUCACGAGAGGGUGGCAAGGCAGAACACUUGCCCCGGCCUGUUCACGCGCAAGGAGGAUUUCGAGUGGAGACUGUGUGCAAAGAUACCCCUCAAAAGCCAGCGAAAAGAGGAUCGCUCCGACCAGCGAGGUAGUUUUGCCGCCUGCUUCUCGAAUACCGGACGGUUCCUCGCUGUGGGGACUCAGUAUGGCGUUAUCUCCGUAUUCGACACUGCCUCAUUUGUUGAGCCAGGUAGCGAUCCCCUGAUCACUGCUUUCACUUCGUCAAGAGCAAAAGAUGACGUGGGUGCCGUUCGUGAUAUGGCUUUCUGCCCGGGACCAUUCGACCUGUUGGCAUGGACAGAACACCGUGGUCGCGUCGGUGUUGCGGAUAUUCGGAGCAAUUACGUUUCGCGUCAAAUGCUAAAUUUGAACGACCACGACGGGUUCGAGCAGAUCAUGAUCACGGAGAGGGGUUCAAUCGACCCGCGACUGCUGGAACGGAACGACAGCGGAGAACUCAGCUACUCAAGUAUCUCGACUGCAGAGAACCGACGGGCAGCACGGCGCCAAGCCACCGACUACCACCCUCCGUUGACCCCGGAGGAAACCAUGGUGAUAGAGGCGCUUCAGGAGCACCGUAGGCGCAGGGAGCAGGCUGCUGCUCGGAACAAUCCCACAUCCGGCUCCAACAUGUCGAGGUUGAUGGAACGCCUACACAACAAUCGGCAGCAGCGCGAGAAUGCCACUGCACUGGCCCUGAACGACUCCAGCUCUAGACUACGCUCUGAGGCAAGUAAUUCCCGCCGAGUAGGCGACAUAUUGAGCGACAUCCAAAGCCAGCGCGACCGUCUCCGCGACCAAUCUGACCGUCUUCGCGAACAGUCAGAACGAGUACGCGCGCGCCGCCUCGCAGUCGACGAGGCAGAGAGGCACAGGCUGUCUGGCGGCUCGAUCCGGGCCCUGCGCGCGCCCCUCGUGCUCCCUCAGAGCAGCGAGUCGCCGCGCCAAGUGUACAUCAACAACUCGUACACCGACCUCGAGGCCCUGUACCAGUCGGCGUUCGAGGGUGGGGCCGCCUCGGGGGACGGGCCCUACGAGCCGGGCCAGGGCGAGUCGACCGGGAACAGGACGAGGGACUACCUCUCCGUGUGGAGCAACAUGCUGAGGGACAGGGACAACGAGGGCGAGCCGACCAGCCGGCUCGGGCGGGCCCGCCUGGACCGUCUGGUCAACAUCCCCGGUGGCCGGGUCGACCGCGAGGACGACGACACUGCCGGGCUGGCAUGGAGCGAGGACGGCCGUAUCUUAAUCAUCGGUGCCGUGGACGGCAUAUACGAGUUCCACGUCGACCUGUUCAGCAGGCGGGUCUUCCCCAGCGUGGAGAUGCGGUGA